AUGACCGUGAGGCACCCAACACACAAGCAUUCACACCAAGGCAUUCAUUCAGUCAAGAGGGGGCGAUUACCUGACCGGCCGCCACUACUAAGAUAUUACAAGUCAGGCCUUCGGGAAUCACUGGAGAGUAGCUCUGGCCAGGCUCCGUCAGUUGCACUGACAAGGUCAAUCUUUUCGCGAAUCGCCAAAGAGAGAACAGACAAAGGGAGACGCAACAGAGCCACAGGGAACGUCUCCUGCCCAGGCUUCCAGACCCUGUUUCAGGCCCAGGCUCCAAGCAGCCUGGAAGUUGUCACUUCCCAAUGCUGUGGUCUGGGAUUUCAAUGCGGCGUCCCGCAAUCCACAGACCCCACGCCCUUGCGGGGACACACAAGCGAUUGCUUUGGAAAUCCUGGAGAAUUUUUGGUUCCAGAUAAAAUUUUUAUAACUUUUGUUCAUUCCCUUAAAGAAGUUCAUUGGUACCUUGAUGAGGAUGGCAUUAAAUCUAAGCUGGUGUCCUUAAAUGCCUGUCCUCUUUGCCUCGCAAAACACGUUUUUCAACAGCUGAUCCUCCUCAGGCUAAUGGCUUAUACCAACAAAAGCAUGUGUGAGGAGAAAAAGUGGGUGGAUGAUAUCAAUAGCAGAGUGCCUGGGCUGGGGGAGUGUCCCUCCUUUAGCAGAGAUGAUUUUUCACUUGGACCCUCGCUUAGGAAAUCUGAAACUAUGAUGGACCCUUUACCUCCCACACUGGAUGGACUUAGUCCAUGGAAUGAGGCAGACACGCCUCGAACCCAUGACCUAAAGCACCUCCGGGCUAAGCGUGUGGCUUACUAUGAGAGUAUUGGGGUAAUAAAGAAUACUAUUUCUGGAAGUGGGAGUGAGCCAGUGUCCACAGAAUCAAGAGACACCAAAGUGGAUCCCUCAGGAAAUCAAACUUUUGGGCUGCAAGCCCCUGAGCUGUUACCACAUCAUUUAGCACCCAGAAAGAGACCUGUGCUCCAGGGAGAGCUCAGAGCAACUCCCAGAGAAGCAGAGCUGUGUGAGAGUCAGGGACUCCAGAGGGGACCUGGGACAGAGAGGUGCCCAGCAAAGCUAGAUUUCCACUUGCUGGCUGAUGCUUUGGUCCCUGAGGCACAGAAGCUGCAGCACGUUAUAAGAUGGGCUCAGCAGUUUUUGUCCAAACCUUUGGAAAAUUUUGCACUGGAGAGUCACUGCAUGUCUGGAGGAUUCUCUCAGUCUAGCCUGGGCCCAAGUUCAAAUGCUGUAGCAAGUAGGAAGAAUACCCACCUGAAGCCAUCUGACUGCCUGUCCCUGCCCAGGGAAGACCAGUCUCAGGCACAGACAGACCAAAGCAGCUUCAUCUUUAGCCCCCAAAGGAACUUCUCAGCAGCGAGGGUGCCUUCAGAAUUGCCAGGGUUCUUUCUGAAGGAGGGUUUUCCUGGAAGUUACUCUUUUGGCUGGCCAGAAGCUCUGGUCAGGAGUGAAGGGGAGGGAAGGGCAGCUAGCUCCUCACCUGACAGCCUCCAGCUAGAAGAUUCUGUGGAAGGAAAGUCUGACAGAGCAGAGAUUAGUCCUGUUCACAGCCCUAGCGAGGAUGAGACUCUUUCUGAGAACCUGGGGGUUCUGUCUCCUCUGAGACUCACUUUAGAAGAAUCUCAAGCUCUAGAGGAAACUGGACAAAGUCCACAUGCUAACAGUUACUUUUGGACUCCGCUGACUGACAGCUCAGAGGAGGAAGAUAACAAUGAACCUAUGGAAAGAAAACAGACACUUCAACAGGGUGUCCUAGGAAGGAACCCAGGAGAGUUUAUGGACAUGGCCUGGUCUCCUCCAAGUCAUAGCACUCUCCUGUCAAAACCCAGGGUGCUAAGUGGUAUUUCUACCUAUGGGGGGACCUAUGAGGUCAAGGAGGUGUGCAGAGGAGCGGCAGAACAUAAGGAUGUCACAGUGGACAUCACAGCUGGCAGCUCCGAAGGCAAAAACUUCAUCCAGAGACUGCAAUGGUCACCCCCUAAUCAUAGCUCUAGUGGAAGGAGAAAGGAAUCAGACAAUGUGGGGUCAACUCUGAGAUCCUCUCAUAUUAUUACCAAGCAUAAAAAGCAAACAUGCAAUCAUUUCAUCACAGAGAGAGCAGAGGAGAUUGACCUGGAGAAGGUUGCAGGAAGCCUUCCAAGCACAGGUUCACUACCCUGCUCUAUUAAAAGCAGCUCCUCUGGGAUGACAUGGGAGUAUUUUGAUCUAACACAUCCGGAGAGUGAUUUGGCCCCUCAGGUUGCUGGUCUCUCACUGAAUGCACCAGAGGGCCCCUCAAACAGUGCUGUGUUUCAUCUACAUCUGGACACCCAAGUCUUCCGUGGCCCUGAUGAAGAUACCAGUGGUGUGCACGGCAGCUCUGGGCUUGAACAACUGCCACCCCCAGAGCUGCCUGGUGUCUCACUACAUACAGCUCACCUGGGCAUCAGGGAAACGACUCAGGAGGAAAAGGAAGAGGUAAAGCCUGCAGGUCACCCAAUUUCCAGGGACACUUCCAGAACAGCUUUGCCAAGCUCCUCCCUACCCCAAGAGGUUGGCAGUAGCCUCCCUUGGAGUGAAGCCACACCUUGUGAGCCUGAACAAGGAGCCAGUGUGCUGGAGAUGUAUUUCUAUUAUCUGCAUGUGCUGAACAAAAUUCGAGAGAACUCUUCAGAAGAGAAGAACUCCCCUUUGCCUUUCCAAGGACUGAGAGUGACCCAAACAGAAUUGGUAACCACACCUCCAGAAAGGAAAGGAGGGCCUCCUGGGACCAGCAGGGAUAGGAAGACUCAGGGACAGAGAGAAGUGAGCAGGAACAGAACAUCCAUGGAAGGGAGCUUGUAUUCUGCAGCCUGCAGAAUGAAAUCUGGGAAGAGAAGCUGGGAAAUCUGUACAUCUGCCUGUUCAUCUCAUAAACAUGGAGAUGUGAAGUCAAGAUCUUCAAGCAUUUCAAGAAUGAGCUCAGCUGAAGAGGAGAAGAAAGCCUACAUGUGGACUUCUCCAGGAGCUGUUGAGAAAUCCUCUUGCAUGAGUGUUCUCCAAGAUGCAGAGAGAGGAAUGAAGUUUAAUCACUUAAUGAUGCAGUGUGCUUUUUACAUGAAUUUGAAGGGCAGUUUUUCCAUGGGCCUUGAGUUCAGAUAUAAAUACCUCAUAUAA